CUGAGAUUUCCUUGCGCACAAACCAGAAGCAGUCGAGAAGGCGACAAGGAGAACGGCCGACGCCACCUGCAGCCCAGCUUACGCACGCGGGAUCUCAGUCACCGUAUUACACUAAUCCCAACACCAGGAAACGCUAACGUACCGCCAUGUCGAACUGGGGGCUGCGGCUGAACCCGUUCAGCAAGAGCUACUCGCAGCUCGAGAUGGACCAGAUGCGGUUCGUUCACCAGGCUUACUGCGAGGCAAUGGAAGUGAGUGAAGAGGACCUCCCCACCGCACUCCGGAUGGACGAUAACUUCUACCCGCUACACAACCCCACCAUCUCGGACUUUGACGAGAACUCGUACCUCCGUAAGAUGCAGGACGUCGUAGGUCUACUGCGCAACCCCGCAGAGGCAAUUAUCUCGAGCAUCUGCGCCUACCAGCGUGAGCGCUACGACCGUACUUUCACCUUCUCGGGAUACCUUAACGACCCACGUACACUAUUGCUCGAGGAAUUCAAGGAUUGGGCCAUGCGCACACUCGCACCAGCCACGUGCACUACAGAAUCGAUUCUCAUUGAGGUGCGACGCAGACACAGCUACGUACUGAGACUGCAGCACGGACAGCAAGGUCUGUUCCACUCUGGAACGGGCGAGCGAUCGCUGCUCGGUACACUCAAGGACGUGAGGAAUGUCAUUGAGACCCGAGUGCUCCCUACUAUUGAGACGGAGCGCGCUCACUCGUCCGCUAGAGAGCAGCUACACACACUGGAAGCUAGAGGCACAGACGGACUCAUGCACGGCGUGCAGUUCCUUUUCUACGUACUGCGAAACACGCCCAAUACACCGGCAGACUGCACGAUCAGCAACUUGCAGAGUCAACAACAUGCAGGCAUGAAAGACGCCAUGGGCAGCAAGUCAGGACAGAUGCUCGAAGUGCUGCUCACGACACCAUCCUUCAAAGAGCUUUUCCCACAGAAUCAGGCCGCCAUCUCCCCCCAGGAUUCGCUGCCGUCGCUGCUAUUAACGAACGAGGAAGAGGAAGAAAUGACCAAGACAGCAGUGUUCUGCGAUACCGAUGCCAAGCCACAGGUACCGACAGUGUUGACACGCCAGCUGCGUCGCAACUCGAACCCGAACGAGGUGGCGAUUACUCCGUCCGACUUUCUACAGCAGAGCAACUCCGGCGUUGUGACACUUCGCAAAGAGGUUCGAGAGGAGACUUUUGACGCGUUCACCAAGUUGCACGGCUUGUUGAAGCUGCUGGCUGAUCUGCUGGUGUCGUGCCGUAAAGCUCGACAGCUCGCUGGUCCCGGUGGAGAUUUGCUCGUGUAUGGGCCUGGUGGAGAGGAAGUUCGUCGUUUGAUGCAAUCACUGGAGGCUGUACAGACAGAGAUCAGUAAGGAAGUGAGUCAGCUGACGCGCAUUGGUGUCCGUGAGCUGGAUCGCCUCAAACCCAACCAGGAGAAAGCCUGGCGUUGGAGUUUUAGCAAAGUUUUGCCGCUUGAAGGCUACUUGGCCCGUGAUUUUGGCGCGUGUGUGGAACCUAUUCAGCGCAUGUAUGCGAGCGCUGACCCACUGCACGUGCAAAAGAUGUACAAACAAUUCAAACAGGCCACAGGUUUGUGGGUGGAGGAGAACAACUCCAUCUGCAGGUAUGUUACGGCAGCGUUAGGUGGAGGCUUCAUUGAAGAUGGAGCUCACAAGUACAAACAAUUAGAAAAUGGCGAGGAGGAGCCAGAGGGUCAUGCGAAGAUCGAGCUAUUGGAGGAUGAAACUCCGUCAGAUAUGAGCAACGCGCUUGUUGUAGCAGGAUCCGGUCAGAACAGCAAGAGCCAGAAAGUAUCGUCUUCGCAACAGGAGGGUCGGAUCAUGCUGUUGGAAGAUGAGGGCUCAGAAAAUGAUCCUAACGCCGAGAAUCAGCUCGUGGUGGCCAACCGAGCUGUAGUUCAAGCACCAAAGAAACAGUCGAGCACGGAUAGCGGCUCGUUCUUCUCGUCGCUUGUGUCGUGGGGCGUGGGUGCGAAGUCGCGGUCGACAAUAAACGAAGAUGGCAGCAGCCCAGUGAAUUCGGAGACAGACGAAGACGAUGAGGUUGAAAAGGGUCCAUCGUCGUCCACGUCGUCGAAAGAGGCCGCGGAUAUCGCUGCUGCUCAGGGUGGCGUGCUGGACACUCUACUGCUUGUUCGUCAAUCGAUCCAGCGUAUCGGUCAGUUGUCGUGGGGCGUCCGGACCUCGUUCCAUACUUCGUCUAUUGAUGAGGGCGAUUUUGACGCGUUCAUCGUGUUGUGCUCCAUUUACGAGACUUGUGGCGUCCCGUGCUCCAGUGACUUGCUGCUCCGUGUGAGACUACACCGUACACGUCUAUCUCAGCUGCUGAAGAAGCACAUCCAGUCAAUCCUGAACUGCGUCGUGGUGCUGCAGCGUCGGAUUGUGGACGAAGAGAAGAGUAUUCCGGGCAUGACGCUAGUAUACCGUCGCUUGAGAGCGAACCUCUCUGACUUUGAGAGCGAGAUGGACGAUCUGCUGAUCAAGUUCAAACAGGUGAUGGUGGAGUGCUCCAAAAUGAAAGCGGGCAUUCUGGCCAUGCCGCUGUCGCAGCAGCGCGAGUCAAACGACGUUAUUGGCAUGGGCGCUUAUGCGUACAACUCGAUCAAUGCACUUGCGUCCAGUUUUGGUCCCGCUUCCGUCCCGUCCGAAGCCAUCCUCUCGCAUGGUGAGUACAUGACACAGUUGAGGUCGCAGCUGGAUCUGCAUUGGAACAGUAUCUCGCACCUCUUCCAGAGUCUUCAGGGCACGGUGGAGGCUGUCACUACCGUUGAUGACCGUCUAAGGGGAUACGCGAAGUUCCCAGACAUCACAGUGCCACCGCAGCAGCUGGAUUACAUUUUUGAGUUCAAUUACGAUGGCUUCUUCCGCCAGACGACAAAGGACUUGGAGGUUUUGCUCACUUCGUUCGACACACCGAAGUAGGGAAAGCUUAAAUCCUCCUGGUUGGGCCUCAGCUCGACAGUUUAUCAGCUGAAUACCUGGCGAUGUGAUGUCAGUCGUUAGUCCUGCUUGUUUCUCGAUCCCGCUGUUUAUUACUAUAAGACUCUCACAACGAUUCAUACACAUGCAUUUUCGCAUUCUAGAAAA